AUGACCAAGGUGCCAGCCACCAAAAAGAUGCAGAGUUCCCCCAGCUCGGGGGCCGUGUGGACCUGUUAUGAUUCAGACCCUCUGACACAGGUUCCAGGCAAAUCAAUGAAGAACAUCAAGUACAUGAACAAGGAAAUAAUAAACAUCAAAAAAGACCUCAUGCGAAGCCGCUCCCUGAUCCAGGCGGUGAAGAUGGGCCGCGGCUACUUCACCAUUCUGAGGGAGGAGAGCAACUUGAAGAAGGAGCAGCUGCAACUCCAGAAGCUGGAGGAAGAAGAGAGAAAUAAAUUCCAGCCGGCCAAGAAGGUCUCCGAGAUCCAGUUAGGGGACUCGUUGUUGGUCAUCUACGAGGACGAGAAGAAGUCGGGGACCAACAUCAUCUUCCGCCCAUUCACCCCCAUGCGCAGCUGCCUCUUCCUGCCCUCGAUGCCCGAGGCUCACGUCGAGCCCCUGUUCCGCCAGCUCUGCGCCCUGCACUGGCUUUUGGAGUCCCUGACCAUCGACCACACCCACCACACCAUGAAGUCGGUGACCACCUGCUGGAAUUUCAAGGACCCCGGGGGAAGCAAGAGCUCGAUAAAAAAAAUCAACAAGGACAGGUCCAUGGCUCAGAGGUGGGAGCACUUCGUGGCCACACCAAAGACCAAGAAAUUCAAAAUCCCCGUCAUCAGGGCCGUGAGCCGCAGGCUGAGCCGCCGGGGCUCCACCAUCAGCCUGUCCCGCACCAGCGGCGCGUCCUCCCCGCAGAGCAGCAUGAUCUCCAUGAACCCCGGCUCCGAUGAGCACCCGAGCGUGGCCACCCAGGUGACCGGCAGCAAAGACGUCGAGGACAACGAGUCCUCUUCUACCAAGCCCGACGAGGAGCCCCUGCACAUCAAUUUGCAAAAGCUCCUGGAGAUGGUUCGAGAAGACGCCCGGAGGACCGUCAUGAUGGAGAACGAGAUGCAGAGGAAAGCUCCCAGCCUCUUGUCGGUGCUCAGACAGACCAAGAGCGACUCUGCCUUCAGGGAGGGGCAGGCCACCCACAAAUCCAGUGAGAGAUCGAGCUCCACCGGCGGGGAAAGCCACACCCAGAUAGUCCAGAAGAAGGCGAAAGGCCGGGCCCCCCGUGACAUCGUCCUCUGCAAAAGCGGGCUCUGCAGCAGCAUGAGGGCCAGGUUCUACAGCGUGGCCCAGGAGGCCGGCUUCUGCCUGCAGGACAAGAUGGAAAUCUUCAUGAAGCGCCAGGAAGAGAGAGGACUCCAGAAGUUCAAUUCUUUUGGCCGUGCCUCCACUUUUCAAAAGGACAUGUCCAAGAUGCGACAUCAGAUCUCCUUGGUCAAAGGAGACGCACAAGAAAUUGCAGACCACUGGUACUUUGACCUGUUGUCCAAACUCCCUGAGGAUCUGAAGAGCUUCCGCCCCGCCAAGAAGAUCCUGGCCAAACUGCAGAAGUUUGGGGAGAACCUGGACCUCAGGAUCCGGCCCCACGUCCUCCUGAAGGUGUUACAGGAGCUGAGAAUCUGGGAACUGUGCUCCCCAGACGUGGCUGUGGCUAUUGAGUUUGUGCGAGAACACAUCGUCCACAUGCCUCAAGAAGACUACAUCAGCUGGCUGCAGAGCCGGGUCAACCUACCCCUCAGGCCCCAGAACGCCCUAACGGAGUCUCAGCCUGCAGUGACCAACAGUCCCAGCGUCUGA